AUAAAAAAAAGAGAGACGCGUUUAAUGACGCACUCGUGUAUUAAACGUCAUCCGUGUACGGAGACGUUUUGUCGAGCUGUCAAAUUUAUUCACGACAGCGUGAUUCUGGUUGGUCACAACAUACGACAUAGUAUUUAUCUUCUUUCCUAUGCAUUAUUUUCUGGUAAUCAAACGGAUCACGCAACGUAUAGUUCUAUUGGUGAUAUCGUCGAAGAGAGAGAUACAAGUACAAAGGAUAAGGUCCUGGGAAAAUGGCCGAAGGACGGGAAGAACUAGUGCAAUCGCCAAAAACACUUUAUAAACUGAGCGUCUCCGCGAUUGCAGACAGAUUGCUCGCAUUCAAAAAACAUCUCGUAUAUUUACCUGAGAACGUCGUCUUCGAUAUUUAUUAUCAGUUAUAUCAAGAAAGAAGACUAUGUUUACUAGGAAUGGAACUUGGAGACUUGGAAACAUUUUCCAGGAUGCUCAAUGUCACAAAUCGUCGUGUACAUUUAUUACAGAGCUUUCAGGCCCUUAUGGAUCAUGGGACAAUGGUUGGAAAAGAGUUAGCAAUCAGUUAUGAUCUAUGCUGUAUUCGUGUUAAAAAAAUGCUUGCGGAUCAUGAUAAAGUAAUAAAUGUGGGCUUACGACUUGGCGAAUUUCUUAGCGAUGCUGGCUGGUAUAAAGAAAGUGAACAGGUUUUAUUAGCUUGUAUGAGACUGUCCUUUGUGGAUGAGCGAACCCUUGAAAAUUUAUGUCGUACAUUAAAAUGUAGUUGCAAAUUAUUACGUGCACAAGCAGCAUAUUAUACAUUUCGUGGAGCAGCUGAAACGCACAAAAUUGCUAUGGAUACAAUACAACAACUAAGGUGUGCAGGAUAUACCAGCAAUAAUUAUGCGGCAUUAUAUGGAGAAUUUAGUGUUCUUUUUUUUAAUAGAAGUGAAUAUGAUGAAGCAUAUAAAUGGGGUAUAGAAGCAUUAAAACAAUUAAAUCCAUCAUUGCCGCCACGGGUAAUAAUUGAUGUUUUAAGGCAAGUAGCAAAAUCAUGUGUAGUAAAACGAGAAUUUCGAAAAGCUGGUCUAUUAAUUAGACAAGCAGUUUAUCUUGCAAGAGAAAUUUUUGACACAGGUCAUCCAAAAUAUAGUGAUGUUUUAACAGAUUAUGGAUUUUAUCUAUUAAAUUACGAUUGUAUUGUGAAUAGCGUGUCUGUUUAUAAGGCUGCAUUAGACAUUAAAAAAGCAAUAUUUGGGAAGACUAAUCUCCAUGUUGCAUUAGCACAUGAAGAUUUGGCAUAUGCUUUAUACGUACGAGAAUAUAAUUCGGGGAAAUUUCAAGAAGCAAGUGACCAUGUUGAUAAAGCUAUAGAUAUAAUGGAAAAACUUUUUGCUGGAGUUCAUAUUAUGUUAGCAAGUGCAAAAAGAGUAAAAGCAUUAAUACUUGAAGAAAUAGCUUUAGAUAAUGCCCCAAUGCCUUUAUCAGAGCAGACUUUAUUACAAAAAUCUGAAUGCUUGCAUUUAUCUGCCUUAAAACUUUCACAAACAACAUUUGGUGAAGUUAAUGUACAAACGGCAAAACAUUAUGGCAAUUUGGGUCGUUUAUAUCAAAGUAUGAGAAAGUUUGAGGAAGCAGAAGCAAUGCAUUUAAAAUCUAUAAAUAUAAAGGAAAAAUUAUUAGGACCUGAGGAUUAUGAGGUUGGUUUAAGCGUGGGUCAUUUGGCCUCGUUAUAUAAUUUCCAAAUGAACCGAUACAGAGAUGCAGAAAAACUUUAUUAUCGCAGCAUCGCAAUUAGUUUAAAAUUAUUUGGAGAAAGUUAUAGUGGCUUGGAAUAUGAUUAUCGUGGACUUUUACACGUUUAUACGAAAUUAGAUGAACGUGAUAAAGUUUUAGAGUAUACAGAUAUUUUUAAUCAUUGGAAAGAACUUAGAGAUGAGUAUGCACAAUUAGAAGAUCAGCCUAUUGAUCUUGAAGAACGACCACAGCAAAUUGAGGAAGUAAUUAGAACGUUUUUUCUAUGUGAUACUAUAUAAAAAAAUCAUUUAAUGUUGAUUGAAUUUUCAUUAGUUUAAUUAUCACAUGUUAAUUUAAUUGGUAAGAACCAACUUAUUAUGAUGUAGAUUCAAAAAAAAUUUUCAAAAUUAGCAACUCGUAAGAAUCUCCAUUAAAUAAUUGUAACUCCAUGUAUAGAUCAAUGAUCCACUUCUGUUACUACAAUUACACGAAGAUUUAUUUUAUUUUUUUAAUAUAGACAUAUAAUAGAGCGAUAAACUAGCAUUUUUGUGAAUUAUUGAAUGAAUUAUAUAUGUACUGCAUCAUACAGAAAUAUCCUUAAUUGUUCGAUUAUCCGUUCUUGCACUUCUGCACAUCCUACUAUUAACAUAAUUAGUCCUUAAAUUUAUAGGAGUUCCUGUUAUUGAUUUUAAACAAAUAUAUUUGAUUAUAAGUUUAAACAAUUUUUUUUUUUUUAUUACAAUUUAUUAUUGACUUAAAUAAUUGGUGUAUAAGAUUUGAAUUUAUUGUAAAAUAAAUUUUUUAAUUAUAAUGUUCA